UUGCUCGUUCCCAUGGUUGCGGCGGCUGAUCGAUCAGCACCGACGCCGCCACGGGCGAACGGCUGCUCUUUUACUGCGAGGCGACAUGCGCUCUGCUCCGUUGAUUCCUGCUUCGUCCAACUCCCCUCUGUCUCUGCAUCAAUCCCUCCAUCGAUCUCUUCGAUAUUUUGCUCCUCCGUUUUCUUCGCCUCAUCGAUCGGCCGCUGCGCCUUAUCGUCUUCGUCGGCGUGGUUCACCACGAGUUCGUCGUGUUUUGCCACAUCAUAGUUCAUCUGAUGGACCUGGUUGUACAGGCUUAAAUCCUCUGUUUUCUUCUUCGGCGGACACUUUGAGAGAGGGCACCAAUCCACCUCUUAAUCCAUCUGGUGACCCGGCUUCUACAGGCUCAAAUUCUCUGUUUUGUUCUUCCGCGGGUAUAUAUAUGUGGGCAGCAAUUUUUCCUCAGCACCCCGUGUCCCCGUUCUCCAUCUUUUGCCAUCCAUGUGUGUCUUGCGAGUGCUUCAUUUGUUCGUAUAGCUGCUCCUGCUGUUGUUUGCCUUUUUCAUUCAACUAGUAUGUAUUUUAGUUCUUCCUUUUGUAUGUUCACAGUUUUUUUUUCUUUUUCAGAUGAGCUUGCAGAUCCUUCUGAAGCAUGGCGCCGUCGUCGAGACAUUUGUCAGGGGAAGCAUCCUAUUCAAGACAAUCCACAUAAGAAAAGUAUCCUCUCUCGGCUUCUCCAGGCAUGCUUCCUUGCAAAAACCAGUUCAUUAUUCGUCGACCUCUGGACCAUCGUUUAUUUCUGGUUUUCAACGUAUAGUGGGCGCCCAUUCGACACCUCUGGGUUGAAUAGGAGAAAGAGAAAGUUUAUUUGGAAGCAUCGGUCGGGCAAAAUUAAAAUUCAAAAACUUGCGCCUCCAUUCCCCAAAGAUCACACCGAUUUGUUGAAAGCAACUGCUCCCGGAUGUUCAUACUAUGGAGGCCGUGAGUACAUGUGUGAUACUUGCAAUGCUUUGUAUUGGUUUCAAGAACGUUCUAAGGGUGCAGGUUUAACUUGCCAGUUUACAAUGCUUGCUGUUGUGCCGACAAAGUUUCCAUACCUAAAUUUCCUGAUUUGCCUUUUCCACUAAAAGACUUGCUUCGAUUUGAUGGUGAUGAUGCUUCACCUGAAUUUCUGAGGUUGAUUAGACAUUACAAUUCUUUGUUCUGUUUUACCUCGCUUGGUACCCACGUUGAUGAGAGUGUUAAUAUGGGAAAUGGGCCAUAUGUCUUCCAGAUGGGUAGUUCCGUAUAUCAUCGUAUUGGUUCUUUGAUACCUGCAGACAAUGAGACUCCUAAGUUUGAUCAGUUAUAUAUAGUUGACUCAGUCGACGAGCUAAAUUGUAGAUUCAAAUGCUUUUGAAGAAGGUGGUGCUCCGAGCCAGGCAGACCGUUUUGUUGUAUUGGCAUUAAAUGAGAUGUUUGACGUACACAAUCAAUAUGUACAAUUGUAUAGAAGGGCUCGCCAGAGAUACCUGAUGCACCAAAUCUUGUUUCAUACAUAUAUUACUUGGUUUCUUUUUGUAGUAACUGGGUAAGCAGGCUUUGGACAUCCAAGGUGUGAGUGAAUUUUUACCUAUGUAAGUGAUCUUUUAUUUCUA